AUGGAUAUCAACAAUGCUUUUCUCCAUGGCGACCUUGACGAACUUAUCUACAUGAAACUUCCCCAAGGUUAUGUUCACAAUGGGCAACUUCCUCCAAAUCCGGUGUGCAAGCUCAACAAAAGCUUGUAUGGCCUUAAACAAGCUUCAAGACAAUGGUACUCCAAGCUUAGCACCACCCUCUUACAACAUGGUUUCACUCAGUCUCCAUACGAUCACUCUCUCUUCAUAAAAAACAAAUCAGGUGUUUUCCUUGCCUUAUUAAUAUAUGUAGAUGACAUUCUCAUUGCCACUAAUAAUGACUCAGCUCUUGUUUCUUUCAAAACUUUUUUGGACAGCAAGUUUAAACUCAAGGACUUAGGUCCUCUUCGCUUUUUCCUUGGUUUAGAAAUUGGUAGAAAUAAAAAUGGAAUUUCUGUUUCCCAACGUUCUUUCACUUUACAAAUAUUGUCUGAUACAGGUUAUUUAGGUUCCAAGGCUUCCUCCACCCCCAUGGAACCAAACCUUAAAUUAAGCAACGAUAUUGGUGAACUAUUACCCGAUGCCACUUCUUAUAGAAGUCUCAUUGGCAAACUUUUAUAUCUUACUAUUACUAGACCUGAUAUAUGCUUUGCUGUCAACAGAUUGAGUCAAUUCCUUUCUGCACCAAGGAUUCCUCACCUACAUGCUGCUCAAAAGGUUCUUCAAUACCUCAAAGCAACUCCAGGCCAAGGAUUAUUUUUCCACUCUCUAUACCAACAAACCCUCAGUCAAUCCCUUCAACUCAAAGCCUUUGCUGAUGCUGAUUGGGGUAGCUGCAUUGACACUAGAAGGUCCAUCUCUGGUUACUGUGUAUUUCUUGGAAAUUCAUUAGUUUCAUGGAAAUCCAAGAAACAGAGCACCAUCUCUCGUUCAUCUGCCGAAGCUGAGUACCGUGCAAUGGCCAAUACCACUUGUGAGAUAACUUGGCAACUCGCACUCCUCAAGGACUUCGGUAUACAACACAGCAAACCUGUCAUUCUCUUCUGUGAUAAUAAUGCAGCGAUACACAUUUCAGAGAACCCCGUUUUCCACGAAAGAACCAAGCAUGUUGACAUUGAUUGUCACAUUGUUUGGGAAAAGGUUACCCAAGACAUUAUCAAAAUGAAUCAUGUCACAAGUAAAGACAAUCUAGCAAAUGUAUUCACUAAAGCCUUAUUUCCUUCUGUUUUUACAUCCCUUAUUACCAAAAUGGGUGUUAACAAUCUGUACACUCCAUUUGGAUGGGGGCUAUUAGAAUACUCUCUUUAUUUUCUGUUGUGCUUGUUGACUUGUUGA